GUGGUGGAGUCUGAAGCGAGUGUUUGUGGUCAGAAGUUUUCAGUUCGGCUGCGGACGGACAGACUGGCCCGCUGACCCAGCGCGCGGUACACUGCCUCUCCAACACCCUGCAGUACAGACUGAGAGCGGAGCGCGAGACCUUCCAAAACACAACACUGCGCGCGAGCGAGCGGAGGAGAGUGUUGGUGGGUGGGCGGGUUGAGUGUUUGUGAUUUUGAAGAGUCUUUCAAUGUGUGAGGAGUAGGAUGAAGGUAGAGUUUGCUCCUCUGAAUGUUCCUCUGCGGCGGCGACUGCAGACGGCUGCUGUGGUCCAGUGGGUCUUCUCCUUCCUCGCCCUCGCUCAGUGCUGUCUGGCUGCAUUUGUGCUGCUGUGCCUCAGUGAUUGGUGGAUUGUGGCAGUGCUGUAUGCAGGUUGGCUGUAUCUAGACAGGGACACGCCGACAUCUGGAGGUCGGCGGUCACACUGGGUCAGAAACUGGACCGUAUGGAGAUACUUCAGAGACUAUUUCCCCAUUUCUCUGGUGAAGACAGUGGAUCUGGAUCCAAGUAAUAACUACCUCUUUGGUUUCCACCCUCAUGGCGUUUUGGUCGCUGGUGGGUUUGGCAACUUCUGUACGGAAGCUUCAGGAUUUUCCAAACUUUUCCCCGGACUCACGCCCUACCUGCUGAUGCUGCCCUUCUGGUUCAGAGUGCCUUUCUUCAGGGAAUACAUCAUGUGUGGAGGUUUGGUGUCGAGUGAGAAGGCGAGUGCAAGUUACUUGCUUAGUCGGCCGGAGGGCGGGUCCGCAGCUGUGGUGGCAGUGGGAGGGGCUCCAGAGUCUCUGGAUGCGCGGCCUGGUGCUCUGACUCUACAGGUGCUGCAGAGGAAAGGCUUCAUCAAACUCGCCCUCAAACACGGAGCUUGGCUGGUUCCUGUCUUCUCGUUUGGGGAGAAUGAGCUGUUUGAUCAGAUGGAGAACCCUGUAGGCUCCACUCUCCGUGGGAUUCAGGACCGCCUCCAGAGGGUUAUGGGUGUGGCUCUGCCUCUCGUUCACGCCAGAGGAGUUUUCCAGUACAGCUUCGGCCUCUUACCCUACAGGAAACCCAUACACACCAUCGUUGGACGACCCAUUCCAGUGGUUCAGAAUCCUUCUCCCACUAAAGAGGAUAUUGAUACGUUGCAUAAACUCUACAUAGAGGGUCUGACCAAGGUGUUUGAGGAGAAUAAGGAGAAAUACGGCAUCGGGGAUGAUAAACACCUCAAAUUUACCUGAGGACCGAACACUUUGUUACUGCACUUGAUAUGAAGACCUCAAUAUUUUUCCCUUUGUGUGUACGUGUGUGUGUCUGUGUGUGUGUACACCCAGGAACUAUUUAAAAGAUUCAGGUUCAUUCAGGAACAGUUUGUUUGUUUAAUGUCAGAAGCUGUUUUGCUCAUGUACUGAAUCAUUAAGCUAUUCUGAAUAAGAACACAUGAAUCAAAAAGGAAAUUGUGUGUAAGUGUAAGCGUGAGUGUUUGAGUAUAUGUGUGCUCCAGGCAUAUUGGAUUAUGGUACAAACCUGGUUGAACUCAGGUGGUUAAAAAUAAAUCUUGAAGCUUCUUCUCCUGUUCGGCUCUUCAGGUUUAGUCUGGCUUUAGCUCAUCCUCAGAAAUCCAUCAGAUUAAAUUUAAACCUAAUCUUUUCCACUGAGAACGGCCUAAAGUUCAGCAUUUUACAAAUCUUGUUCACCAUUGUGUGUAAUAGUGACCUCAGGGGAUCAAGUUGCUGUUUAUCAUACAGUCAUCUUCAUAAUUUUCAUCAUCCUUAUCAUCUCCCUCAGGACAGACUGAAAUGUAAACAUUUGUACAGCAAACUGGAUCUGGAGGAAAGGGAAGUGAGGCCUGUUUUAAUGGAGCUGAAGCUUUAGUGCUGUCAGAUUCUAAAGGUGACGACGACGACGGAUGCAGCUCAGUUUACUCAGUGAUCUGAUUACACCUGUUUUACAGCCGGUGAGCUUCACUGUUUUAACUGAACUGGAUUUUUAACUGGUUAAACUGGGACCAGAUUAAACUACAAUGUCCAGAAAAUAAAAUGAAAUCUAAUAACUGUUUAGAA